AUAGCAGGACCAGCUUAUUAUUUGCGGUCACGGGAAAUAAGUUGUAUAGCAGUCCCAUCAAAAAAAUAGCCUCAUUUCCUUUGAAAGUUUGAAUUGAGAAAAUGAUAGAAAUGGAAGAAGAAGAAGAAUCAAUUAUAGAGUAUGGUAAUUACAGCAACUACUAUGUCGUUCAAAGCCCAUCUUCAGUCUCUCAUGCUAACAGCACUACUACUAUUAGUAUUGACGAUUCUGCAGAUUUAUGCCGUAAUCAUCAACAACCUAAUUACCAUCUUCACCACUCUCCUUUACAAUUAAAAGAAGAACAACUUUACAAUACCAAACCACUUCUCAACCAAAUUACUAACUCUACUACAGAUCUCUCUCCUUGCUCGUCUUCACGAGCUUCUUUCGUCCACCAGAAUAACAUCAUCAGGAUGCCGGCUCAUCAUCUACUACCACCUCAUGCUGCUGCUGAUCAUCAUUAUGCAAAUGUUGAUCUCCUUGAUAAUAAUUCAGCUGCAAAAAACAACAAAAAACUUAACAAUAAUAAUAAGAUGAUUGUUCCUGCUACUACAUAUACUAGUACUGGUGUUACAAAUUUGGGAAAAGUUGAACAUGGUGAAGAGGAGUACUAUAAUUAUGAUAAUGAUGAACAAGGAAAGUGUUGCCAAUAUUUCUCCUUCAACACUUACACUUCUCCAGUUUGGAUUACUUUACAACUUGUGUGGAGGUUUCUCAUCAGUGCCAUGCUUGCCUUGCUUGUUUUCUACCUCGUCACCAAGCCUCCUCCUCCCAACAUUUCUCUUAAGGUGAUAGGAGUGAAGCAAUUUGAGCUAACGGAGGGAGUGGAUUUAACGGGUGUAGCCACAACCUUAUUGAGUUGCAACAUUUCAACGGCGCUUAUAAUUGACAACAAAUCUAAAGUAUUUGGUGUCCAUAUUUUAUCUCCGGUGGUAGAUAUUUACUUUGGUCGUGUACCUUUCGUUAUAUCUCAAGGAAGUAAGAUGUACAUUCGAAGCCGAGAAUGGAGGGAAGUGUCAGUUUACGCAGGAACAAUGAAGAAGGCAAUGUACGGAGGUGGGUCAAAUAUGAAAGACAUGCUUAAUUCACCAAGUGGACUACCUUUGUUUAUCACUCUCACUUUCAACUCGUAUUUCAGAGUGGUUCCAAACUUGAUUCACUCCCGCUUCCAUCAUCAGGCUCAUUGUUUACUGCUUCUUCAUAAUUUAUAUGACCAAAAACAUCGCACUAUCACCCAGUCUUACAAUACCACCUGCCACCUUCUAUCUUCUUAAUUUUUUUUAUUUUCUUAAAUUUGUGGUUAUCGACCUAUAUAUGUACAAGCCCACAACCAAAGUCCAAACAGUAUAUUUCUAUUGUAACUUCUCUUGUCAUUUAAUCAAGGGAAUGGAGAAGCAUAUAAUCCUGUAUUCCCAUAUUAGUUAAUGGACCAACUAAUUUAAUUACCCACUUUAACUCCAUUCAAGUAUUCAA